CGGUAGCCAGCUUUAUAACCUAUAGGGAGCACUUGAGCUGGUAGCGUUUGCAGCCAUUCCAUAGUAAGAGUGGAUCACUAUUUGGCACUUUUCUGUGCGUGUGAGUACUCGCCUUUCUGUGUGUAUUGGGCAAAGAAACGGGAGAGGGCUUCGGAGGAGACUUCAAGCAACGGGGUGGCUUAUUCUUCUGUUUUCCCACCUCCUGGCUCCGGCGACAGCUCGAACGCUCUGAUGGAGGCGGAAAGAUCCGGCGGGGUGGCGGGUGGAACGAACCAGAGCCCCGCAGGAAGCGGAGCGGGGCGCAAUGCGAACGGGCCGAAGGCUGUGCUCGGUCCCGCUUCCACCGCAGCAGCGGCCGCCGCGGCCGCCGCGGCCACCGGGGCGAUGUCUGGAGCCUCCCAGCCGCGAGAUCCGCAGGACGGGGACGCGGGCCUCUCGUUGCCCGGGAUCUUACAUUUCAUCCAGUAUGAAUGGGGCCGCUUUCAAGCCGAGAAAUAUCGCUGGGAGGCCGAGCGAGAUGAGCUGAGGACUCAGGUGGCGUUUCUGCAGGGUGAGAGGAAAGGUCAGGAGAACAUGAAGCAGGAUCUGGUGCGGCGAAUCAAGAUGCUGGAAUACGCUCUGAAACAGGAGAGGGCCAAACAUCAGAAGCUGAAAAGUGGCACUGACCAGAGCCCUGGAGAGAAGAAACCAGAGACCGAAGCUGAACCAAUACCCAAUGGACCUGCAGAUUCAGAUUCAGAACCAACCAAUCAGAUGCCUUGGAAGGAGGGCCGUCAGUUAUUGCGCAAGUAUCUGGAAGAGGUGGGAUAUUCUGACACCAUCUUGGACAUGCGCUCCAAACGUGUUCGUUCCCUGUUGGGUCGCAACAGCCCAGAGGUGAAUGGGCCUCCUUCCAGCGAACCGCCCGCAGAACCAGAACCUCACAGUGGAGGAGAGUCACUACUAGUGCGCCAGAUCGAAGAGCAAAUCAAACGGCGUGCUGGAAAAGAGAGCUCUAAAGAGCGGAUGGGCAGCUCUGUCCUGGACCAAAUUCCUUUCCUCCGUGGCUGUGAGGAUGACGAUGAGGAUGACAGUGAUGAAGAAGAGGACUUCCAGGGCAUGACUACAGACUGCAUCGACGGACGCAAAAGCAAGAAGUCCAGGAGCAAGAUGGGCGGAGAAUCCAUGACCACAGAUCUUGACCCCGAGGAUGACGAUGAUGAAGAGGACUCGGAGGAUGCCCUGGGCGAGUUUGAUUUCUUGGGCUCGGGAGAGGAAGGCGAAGGGGCGGGAGAAGCUCGCAUAUCUGGAGACGGCCGGGAAUUAGGUUCAGAAAACCGCCGGAAUAAGUUGCAAGGCAUUAUGUCAGAUUUCCCGCCCAAACCAGCUCCACCUCCUUCUAUCCCGGGACAGACACGCUCUGGAGAGGGGGGCGCUCUUGGAUUCUCCUCUGAUGUCUUCAUUCUGGAUGCUGUCGGAGGAGGGGAUAUGAACCUCGGAGAGCUGGCUGACCUCACUGUUGCCAACGACAAUGACCUCACCAUUGACUUGCAGGACAAUCGAGAAGAGUUCAAAAAAACGUGGAACCCUCGCUUCACGCUGCGAAGCCACUUCGAUGCCAUCCGGGCGUUGACCUUUCACCCCAGCCAGGCCGUGCUGCUGUCUGCCUCCGAGGAUGGGACGCUCAAACUUUGGAACCUCAACAAGGCGAUGCACUCCAAAAAAAAUGCAGCGCUGGACGUUGAGCCCAUUUAUACAUUCAGAGCACACAGUGGUGCUGUUCUUUCUCUGGCUAUGGGAGAGGAAGGAGAAUCAUGCUUCAGCGGCGGUCUGGACGGCUCCAUCCGCGGCUGGAAGAUUCCAGACCUUAAUGUAGAUCCUUACGACAACUAUGAUCCCGGCGUGGAGAGCAGCGUGUUGUCGGGUCACGAGGACGCGGUGUGGGGUUUGGCCUACUCCUCCAGCUUGAAGCGCUUGGCCUCCUGCUCUGCAGACGGGACUGUGAGGAUCUGGGACCCCCAUAAUUCCUCACCGUGUGUGUCUGUUUUCAACAAAGAGAAAGAACAUGGGACUCCCACCUCGGUUGCCUUUGUAAACUCCGACCCGUCCCAGGUUGUUGUUUCCUUUGAUGGGGGUGAGACUCUGCUUUAUGACCUCAACACAGAGCAAAGCAUCAUGGUCUUGGAGACCCAGGCUAAGGAUGGCAGUGAGCUGAUUAACCGCGUGGUCAGCCAUCCGUCCCAACCAAUUUCCAUUACAGCCCAUGAGAACCGCACCAUCCGUUUCCUGGACAAUAAGACAGGGAAAGUGAUCCAUUCCAUGGUGGCUCACCUGGAUGCUGUAACAUGUCUCACCACAGACCCUAAAGGCACUUACCUCAUCUCCGGCAGUCACGACUGCUCUGUGCGUUUGUGGAUGCUGGACAAUCGCACGUGCGUGCAGGAGAUCACCGCGCACAGGAAAAAACACGACGAGGCCAUUCACGACGUGGCCUUCCACCCCUCGCAGCCCUUCAUCGCCAGCGCAGGGGCCGAUGCGCUCGCCAAGAUCUUUGUUUGAUUUUCUCAUUGGGGAUCCACCCUCACUACUGGGCCACAAGAGUGAAACGCCGAGUAUCUACACACACACACACACACACACACACACACACACACACGCUCACUAAAUGAGGGGAACAAUGUUAAAGGCACACGACUCAAUAACCCAUCAUUUUUUAUGCCUCACACAUUGUGAUACAAACCCUACUGCUUUAAAUACUAAUGAGUUUGCUGCUCAUGUCCCAAUUUCAGUUUUAGACUACACUAAUAAUAAUCUGCAUGGUGUGUUGCGAAGGAUGUCCAAUCUGUUGACGGAUGGACUCAUGCAAACCCACACACCUUAACACACAACUCGCACCCUGGGUUUUAAUUUCAUGCUCUGUUUAGGUUGAGGAUGUGAAGGCUCUCGGUAAACAAGACCUUACACAAGCCUGCACAUUGUCUCAAUGUAAAUUGCAUUAGUGCUGAUCUGUGAAUUAAUGUCCUCGCGUAACUGUUGCCUAGUAACGUGAGGCAAUUGAUGCAUUUCAUUCCAAAGACUGCUUUAGAUUAGUUUUUUUUGGUUGCGUUUUAGCUGCAAGUACAACACAGCUUUACCUUUAGCCUCACAGCUAAGAGCCUUAGUGUUUCAGCCUUUCGUAAUCAGUUCCACACAUCUCAUUCUUAUAACGUGUACACUUUGAACAUUUUGCAAUCAUCAUCUUCAUUCAUAUCCGAUCAGGUGGCGUUAUCCAUAAUAGUCGGGUGACUAUAGUAGUGUAUUUAUUGUAGUGUUCGGUAUCGGUUGGAAGACUUUUUGGGAAGAUCUGCAGUUGGAUGCAUAACUGAUUUCUUAAUAUAAGCAGGAUGUGCUGUAAAUGGCACACUUGACUCACAACCUUGGUGCUAAGAUCUCCUCUGAAUCAGGGACCUGUUCAUGACAGGAGGUGUAAAAUAUCAAAUCUCCGUUGACGCCUGCCAUUCCUCAGUCAUCGUAUACGGUUCUUUGGCAUUUCCUAAAUACAGCCCGAGUGUCGGGAGUUUCGGAGUGUUUCUGGUGUGCCAAAGUGGCUUUUAAAGGAACAUUACACUUUUUUUUGGAAAUAGGCUCAUUUUCCAAGUGCCCUAGAGUUAAACCGGUCUGUUUUACCAUUUUUUUUAAUCCAUUCAGCGGAUCUCCGGGUCUGACGCUAGCACUUUUAGCUUAGCAUAGAUCAUUGAAUCUGAUUAGACCAUUAGCAUCUUGCUCAAAAAUUACUAAAGUUUCUAUAUUUUUCCUAUUUAAAACUGGGCUCUUUUGUAGUUACAUCGUGUGCCAAGACCAAUGGAAAAUGAAAAGUUGUGAUUUUCUUGGCCGAUAUGGCUAGGAACUAUGGUCACACUCAAAUCACAACUUUUCAUUUUCCGUCACUCUUAGUACACGAUGUAACUAGUCAAGUUAUUAGUAGGAAAAAUAUAUAAACUCUUUGGUCAUUUUUGAGCGAGAUGCUAACGGUCUAAUCAGAUUCAAUGAUCUACGCUAAGCUAAGCUAAAAGUGCUAUCGCCAGACGCAGAGAUCAGCUGAAUGGAUUUCAAAAACGGUAAAACUCCGCUGUUUAACUAUAGGGAAGUUGGAAAAUUUAAAACAUGUAAAAAACAGUGGAGUGGAGUGUUCCUUUAAGGUUUUUGUCAGGGUAUUUUUAAGACGAUAAACUCCAUAUCCAAGCUGGAUGAUCUUUGGUUGACGAUUGUCACCAAAUAAAAAAAAUUUAAACCAACUGCAGGUUCCAGUGUUUCAGUCCAGCUGUAUUGUCAGUUUCUGAGUUUUUGGACAUCUUCUGAUCUUGACCCAAGUCCUUUUCCCUAAAAAGUGGCAUUUUAAGUGAUGAGAAACUAGUGCCCUCUAGUUGUCAGUUGACUCACCAAAAGGUCAAAGCCCAGUGUUGGAAUUUGGACGAAUUCUAAAAGUCCUCUUAAUGGGUUUUGUGCUGUUAGUCGUGGCAAGACACAUGGUUUUUCAGAGAAAAGCUCAUAUGGUCCCACUGAGUGAAAAUAAAAAGGUUUUUUAUUUUCUUUUUAUUGGCUAAGCAAGGAAUCAAGAUGCAACUCUGAAACUUUUUGGGGGAAACCAAGAUAAGAUGAAGAAUCUAACCUGAAUCGUAUCUUCAGGUUUCUUAGUUGGAGGUAGCCUGCUCUUAAGGUCUGGAGAUCAGAGGUCACAUCUUGUAUUAGCCAGUUUCCGUUUUGCUGGGUUUAUUUUUAUCCUUUACUGGUUUUCCGUGGUCGUAGACAAGUGGCCGGAAAGCUAGUCAGAAGAAAAAAAAAAAAAAAAGACUGAUGGGCCAUAAAGAGCGCUCUUGCAUAAUGAAGCCAUGUCAGUUCUUAACCAGACAUCCUCCAUCAAGAAUCAAUCCAUCCAACCAACUCGGAAAUAAAAGGUUUCCUACUUGGGGGUGGGAUUUUUGGCAAGGAAAAGCUCUUGGAGUGAUUUUAUUAAUGGACGGGUUUAUGUCUUGUCACUUGUUCAGUAUCGAGACCACGGAUUGAUUUUGGGCUAGUUGCCCAGUCAGUGAAUGUCACAUGACCACAGACUUGUGUUUAGUGGAAUCCAUGAUACUUUGCUGCUUACCUCUUUACCUAGUAACUUCACACUGCACACUAACGGUUAGCUUUAUGCUACACUACAUGUGUAGGAUCACAUGAUCGAUUGGGUUCAUCCAUGUAUCGCUGCAUCGUAACUCUUCUCUUCCAAAGACUGCCGAUUGCAUGGGUGUUUAGACGAGUCCUAGUGUCUCUUGUGCACCUAUUUCACCCCUCGAUGCAAUAAGAGUCUUGAAAUUGCAACAACAAAACACAUUCCUUACCGAGAGAGGACGGAUCUGUGUAAAAAUAUAAAUAAAAAAGGAAACCGAAACUGUUUAUAUGUUUGAAAAGCUGCCAAUGCAAAAUGUAAGUUUCCCGUUUUCUGAUUUGUUUGCUUUUUCUCUACAAGACAUAUUGAUAUGAUUACUAGUAAUAAGGUGUAAGAUGACAGUAGUACCUUUUUUCUAGGCUUAAUACUUGCUUGUGAUUGUGUAAAAGCCUAAAGAACUGAAAAUUGUAAGGACAUUUAAAAAAAAAAAAGAGAAGUUUCAGUCCAAAGCCAAGGUAAAAGGACUUUUUGUUAAGUGUUUUUAUUUUUUAAAAGCAAUUUAUCACUGUGUGAUAUUUUGUACAUCAUAUUAAGCUGUAUUCAACCUAUAACUGCAAGGGAUAAAAAAGACCAGCCUUUUAUUUAUUUUGUUUUAUUAUGCAUAUUUUUAAUCUGCUAUCUAUCUUUUAUUGAAAUGUCUUUUCCUUUUUUCUUUUUCUUUUUUUUUUUACUAUGCAGGUCUUGUUUUAUGUCAUAAAAUCAAAAAACAACAAAAUAAAAGAUGAUUUUGUACAGACAUUU